CCAUCUCAUCUUUUGCUAGUGAAUUCCAUCCACUGCAGAGUAAAACCAUAAUCUCAUCCAAAAUGGCAGAAAGCCUAUCCUCAAUCCUAACCUCUGCAUUGCAGAAUAUAGGUAAAUUGGUUAUUGAAGAAGGAAAGUUUCUACAAGGCGUUAGCGAGCAAGUCAGUCUCCUUCGUGACGAUCUCAAAUGGAUACAAAUGUUCUUAAGAUAUGCAGAUACGAAACAGACUGCAAGGGACGCUAUACAACAGUGGCUUCCUGAAUUUAGAGUGGUCGCUUAUGAAGCAAGUGAUUUGGUUGAAGAUUAUGCUUUGAGGGUUUCAAUUUCAAGCAACAGAGGCUUUACGCGUGCUCUAAAGAGGACUGCUUGUAUCGCCAGAGAAGGUUAUGCCCUUCAUGAUUUGGGCUUAGCGAUUCAAAGUCUCAGAACUAGGAUAUCUAAUCUCACCAAAAAUUUUGGCCGGUAUGUAAAUUUAAUUGCCAGAACGGAGGAAGGAGAGUCGAGUGCUCCAUCCAGGCAGCAACAAUUAGGGCACACUUACUCCGUCGUGGCCGACGAGGAUGUGGUUGAACUGCCUGAUGAUGUUCAGGUGCUGGUUGACUAUUUGCUGAAUGAGGUGGCAGAGCGUAAAAUAAGCGUGGCUUCGAUUUUCGGCAUGGGAGGUAUAGGCAAAACGACUCUUGCUAGAAAGGUAUAUCACCAUGAAAGAUUGAAGCAUUAUUUUAAAGGUUUUGCUUGGGUUUGCGUGUCACAACAAUGGCAACCAAAAGAUCUCUUAUACCUGAACAGAAUGGUUAUUGCGUCUUUUGAAACCGGAAGAAAGUUGGGAGUUGCUACGCAUGAAAUCAUUGAGGGGGAGAAGUGUGUUGAUGGAUUUUCAAUGUUCUUGACGUGUUAUUUUCUGAUUUUCGUUGCCUCUUCAUGGAUUUUAGAAUACCGGAAAGCUUGUUGUGUCGUUGGAUCCGAGUUGAAGCUGGAUGACUCAGAUGGAGACCCAUCUCAGAAUGGGGAGCUCCAUCUUAAUGAUGACUCAUCUGACUUGGAUGAGUCUUUCAAUCGUUGUGAAGAUUUGGGCAAGAUCGAAGAGUUAGGGAAGGAAAUGUUGAAAUACUGUGGGGGUCUUCCAUUGGCCGUGGUGGUUUUGGGUGGAAUUCUUAGAACUAAAAAAACCCUCAAGGAAUGGAAUGAAGUGCAUGAGAAUAUCAAAUCCUAUCUGGCUAGGGGAGAAAAAAUUGGGAAAGAAGGAGAGGUGCAAAAGAUUUUAGCUUACAGUUACUAUGACCUCCCUUGGCAACUAAAACCAUCAAUAAGAUGCAUGGUUGAGAUUAAAGAACAUGAGGAGGGGAAGCUUGCAGUAACAAGGUUCGAGUCAUGUCGGCUUCAUGAUCUUAUGAGAGAUCUGUGCUUAGCCAAGGCAAAAGAGGAGAAUUUGUAUAAGCUGGUCGAUCGAAGUCCAUCACGAGAUUGUCCUCCUGCAACUGAAGCACAGUAUGGUUUAGUCCUUCAUUUGCGUCCAGAGGAUAUCUUUCAAUACAACUUUCCGCCAAAAGAACAAACUAAGCAUCUUCGCUCAUUCUUGUGUGAUUCGUUGGUAGCCGAAUGGGGAUAUUUUAAUCCAGGGGUGAGAAUAAUGUCCCAGGUCAAGAAUUUGAAGAUGCUUAGAGUUUUGACAAUUCUAUCCUUCAAUAUGGCCUCCCGAAGUUGUUAUCUCAAAUCACCUAUGAAAUAUGUCGGUAAUCUUAUCCAUUUGAGAUGUUUGAGAUUGGGAGGUCGGAGAAUAAACUUGCCAUAUUCCUUGGGCAAUUUAAAGUGCCUGGAAACUCUUGAUUUAUCUGGUAGUGAUUAUACUUGUAGAAUACCGAAUGUGCUAUGGAAAUUGAAAGGUUUGAUAUAUCUUUAUCUUCCAGCAGAAUGGGGGUGGUGGGAAUCUCAGCCUAAACUGCGAUUUUUCAAAGCAAAUGUGUAUAAAAAUCUCAAGGACCUGGAACACAUCAUCAAUCAUGUAUCAAAAUUGGACUGCAUACGCAUUAGCUCACUUACAAUCAAUGACUUUGAUUUUCGCAGAAACAGGGGUUUGGAUGUUCUUUCAAGGGUGUUGUUUAGUAGGAAUAUUCAUGAAUUAGAGAUCAACGGUAAUUUAUGCAAGAAGUUACCAGAUUACCAAUCCCAUAUAUUUCCUGACCUUACUGAAUUACGGCUGUUUGACACUAAUAUUGAGGAAGACCCAAUGGCAACACUUGAGAAGCAUCCUAACCUAAGAAAACUGAUACUUGGGCAAGGUUCAUUUCUGGGCCAAGAAAUGAUCUGCCACUCGAUGGGAUUUCCCCAACUGAAACUUCUCGGGCUUUUUCAAUUGGGUUACUUGAAGCAGUGGAAAGUGGAUGAGGGAGCUAUGCCCAAGCUCUCAACUUUAGACAUUACGGCAUGUAAAGAAUUGGAGAUGAUUCCAGAUGGGUUGAGAUAUGUAACCACCCUAAAAAAGGUAUCUCUUUGGGGCAUGCAUGCAGAAUUCAACAACAGAGUUAUAAAAGAGAAUGGUCAACAAGGAGAAGAUAAUGAUAAAAUAAGCCAUGUGCCUUCGGUUAAUAUCUCCAGUGCUGUGCUCUGUACUGUUAUGGAUGUUGGUUUCAUUUCCUUGCCAAAUAAUGUACCAUGCCCUGCAUCUGGUUGGCUUACUAUGGCAACGGAUGAUAGGUUAGCAACUACACAAUAUCUUGAUGACUAUACUUGUGGAUACAGAAAGCCAAUGCAGUAA